UAUAUAGCACAAAAACAGAGAUAAAGCAUUUUAUUCCAGUUAAAUAUGAGGGGUUUUCCCAAGUUCUUACGACACUUUAUUCAUUUCCAAAUAUGAAGCCAGUGCGGUUUAAGGAAUUCCCGUCAAAUUUUCUAAAUCUUCCUCUUAGAAGAGACAUUCUUCAUCGUGCAGUAGUUUAUGAAGCGGACAAACAAAGACAAGGAACAGCUUGCAAGAAAAAUAGAUCAGAUGUUCGUGGAUCGAAUAGAAAGAUUCGACAGCAAAAAGGCACGGGAAAAGCACGUCUUGGAGAUAUCCGAUCACCUUCUAUAAGAGGAGGGGGUCUUGCACAUGCACCUAAACCUCGAGAUUUUUCUACUAAACUUCCACGCAAAAUCUAUUAUUUAGCGGUACGAACAGCAUUAUCUGCUAGAUAUAAUAGGGGAGAAAUAAUUGUUAUAAAUCAUACAUUUGAAUUGCCAACAUAUAAAGCAAAAGCUAUGGUAAGCAUGAUGAAAACAUAUCGUUGGAAUAGUGAUAAUGGCGGCACUGUUUUUAUUAUGUAUUCUGAUCGAAAAAACUUUAAAUAUUCAACAGGAAGUUUAGGAGCUCAUUGUAUUGUUCGAAAUGUAAAUGAACUUUCUAUUAAAGAUAUUUUAAUGAAAAAAAGAAUCAUUAUUGAACGAAAAGCACUCGAAUGGCUUGAACAAAAAACAAGAAUAGAAUGACUAUAAAUUAUGGUACAUAAAUCAUUUUAUAUCAUCAUUAUUUAU